CGACACCGCUCCCUAUCCCCGAUAUUCCAAUCAAGCCAAGUUUGAGACGCACCGGCUCAUUCCAGUCCCGCACUCGACCGUCUAUCUGCCUCAUACCGCCGCAUCGCCCAAACCAAAACCUGCAUUUCGCAGCCCAUCCCCAGCCAGCCAGCCAGCCAGCCAGAUUCAUCCUUCCCCAUGGCUCUUUCCAGUCUUGGCCAGGCCGCCCGCCGAUCUCUGACGACUGUCGGCGGUGGCGAAACAAAAGAUUUCCAUGUGUGGCUCCAAGAAGAGAAGGACGUGCUCAAGGCCUGGAGAUCUCUUGGUCGCGAGUCUGCCGAUGUAUCCAAAUACAUGGCCGUCUGGGGCAAGAAAGAGGAAGAAGAUUUGCGGGAUAUAUCUGAGAAGAUGUCUCAGGUGCUCUCGAAGCAGCAGGAGAUUUUCAACGAGCUGGCCGACCAGUAUGCGCUGGGCCGUAACGCAAUGAAAGAGGUGAAGCAACGCGAAGAGGAUUUGGAGAAGCUCAAGAAUAAAGUCAAGCAUCUGCAAACGGCGCUCGAGACUGCGAGAAAGAAAGGUCGACCAACCGAUGGCUUGGUUCAAGAGGUUCUCGACGCGCAGACGGCUGUCGAGGAAGCGUCCUGUUCGCUGGCUGGAUUCAAGCGAAUGAAGCUCCGAGAGGGAUUCCACGAUUCGUUUGAUGCCUAUCUGAACAUGGCCAAGAAGAUCUCAGUCAUGGCUACUUUUUGCAAGCACCUUGCCGACCAGAUCCCGCAAGGCACACUCUCUCCUGGACAAGAGCUGCCGGCAUACACAGGCUCAGCGGUCACAAGCCAGAUCCUGUCUGACUUUGCAGAGGCCUACAACGAUGCUCUGAAGCCCGGCGAUGCUCGCGCCGUUGAGCGUCCAAGCAGCACCAUCAGUGUGCACAGCAACACAGGGACCCUCAAUGGACCGCCGGCGAUGCCGCUGCCGAGCCUGCCCGAUCCAUCGCCAGUACCCUCUAUGAUCCCCAUGCAAGACCAGUGGGCAUCUUCGUCGAUGCACGGUCCAUCCGAUCAACAGCGGUACGGGCACGGCCCGUCCAACGGAAGUAUCCCGCCGCCGGCGCUGGUGUAUCGCCGUUCGGAUGGGCCGCCUGCUCCACCUCCGCGACAGUAUCUCGAGAGCCACCCGCAGACUGGCCUGUACGAAGCCCGGCUCGUCUACGAGCCAGUGUCAAUGCGCCCUCCCGAAGCAAGUUACUAUCCCACCCUGCCAACGCGGGCCGAGAUGCCCAACGGGACCAACCCGGCCAACUACCGCUCGCCGCGCGACUCGGUCGAUCCGUACAACCGCUCAUCGUAUAGUGCGCACUAUCCACAAGACGUGCUCGAGGAUUAUGGCGGCGGACGGCACGGGGGCUGGGACACGUCUGGAUACGAAGGUGCCUAUCCACAGACCGGCGAUCGUGGGUGGGCACCGCCGAAUCAGGCGAUGCAAAUGCCUGGCCCUGAUCAGUACGGUAGCGGCGGCGGCGGCACAAUGCAGAAGCCUGGAGGCGGGCGAUGACUGGAGGCGGGCGAUGAAGCAGCAUGAGCAACUAAUACAGACCUCAGCCCGUAAUGUCAAGAAGGAUGGGUUGAUCCAGGGCCAAGCGGAG